AAGAAAAUCAUCAAGAGAAUACAGAAGAGAAAAAGCAAAAAGAUAAUUUGAGAUUUGGUGCUGACGUGGAAUACACUCAGAAUGGAAGGCAAACUCCCAUGUCUUCUUGUGCUGGUGGGAGCAAUUAUGACUGCCCAGUGCCAGGGCUUACACGUGCGUUUCAAACGUGGAGCCAGAUCUAGAGCCAUUUGCACAGAUAAUUCAUCUGCAGAAAUUUACCAACCCAGGGGGACCUGGCUGAGGCUUUCAGGGAGCAGAAUAGAAUACUGUAGGUGUGACAGUGGUCAGAGUCGCUGCCACACUGUGCCUGUCAGAGCCUGCACUAGAAAUAAAUGCUACAAUGGGGGCCAAUGUUCACAGGCAUAUUACUCCCCACAGCUCUUCAUCUGCCAGUGCCACCAAGGUUUCUCGGGGAAGCAGUGUGAAAUAGACACUGAAGUUAAAUGCUACAAAGACACUGGAGUAACAUAUAGGGGUACCUGGAGCAUGACAGAGAGUGGAACUGAAUGUUUAAAUUGGAAUAGCAAUAGCUUGGUGGACUGGAUGUACAGCGGCCAAAGAGCGGAUGCUGCUGAGCUGGGAUUGGGCAAUCACAACUAUUGCAGAAACCCAGAUGAGGAUUCCAGACCUUGGUGCUAUAUCUACAAAGGGGGAAGGUACGCCUGGGAGCACUGCAGUGUGCCCUCCUGUUCAAAAGUUAGGAACACCAACUGCAGAUCUGGACGAGGCACAGAUUACCGUGGCAGCCACAGUGUUACCAGUUCUGGAGCUACCUGUUUGAAGUGGAAUUCUCAAAUCCUUGUCAACAAGCUAUAUACUGCUUGGAGAAGAGAUGCUUACCGGCUGGGUCUUGGUAGUCACAAUUUCUGCAGGAAUCCUGAUAAUGACAGCAAGCCCUGGUGCCAUGUCCUGAAAGGAAAUCGGCUCACAUGGGAGUACUGCAAUGUGCCUACUUGCUCCACCUGUGGCUUACGGCAGCGCAGAGUACGCCAGUACAGGAUUAAAGGUGGUUCCUAUACAGACAUUGCAGCUCACCCAUGGCAAGCUGCCAUCUUUGUGAAGUAUCACCGCGUGCCUGGAGAGCACUUCCUCUGUGGAGGAAUUCUGAUCAGUUCCUGCUGGGUUUUGUCAGCUGCUCACUGUUUUGAGGAAGGCUUUAGUACAAAUCAGCUGAAGAUUGUGCUGGGUAGGACUUCCCGAGCAACUCCCGAGGAAAAUGAACAGAAGUUUCAAGUGAAGAAGUACACUGUGCAUCAGAGAUUUGACUCAGAAAAUUUCAACAAUGAUAUUGCUCUGUUGCAGUUGAAUUCAGAUGCAGAAGACUGUGCUGUUGAAACAAGCACUGUCCGUGCUGCCUGCCUCCCCAUGCCAGAGCUGCAGCUGCCUGACUGGACUGAAUGUGAGAUCUCUGGUUAUGGAAAAAAUGAAGAAUUUUCUCCAUUCUAUUCAGAGCACCUGAAGGAAGGCCAUGUCAGAUUGUUCCCAGCCAGUCGGUGCACAGCACAGUAUCUAGACAACCGGACAGUUACAGACAAUAUGUUAUGUGCAGGAGAUACAAGAAACCUUGAUGAUGCCUGCAAGGGUGACUCUGGAGGACCUCUGGUCUGUAUGAAGGAUGAUCGUAUGUAUCUGAUUGGAAUCAUCAGCUGGGGAAUAGGCUGUGGCCGCAAAGACAUACCUGGUGUUUAUACAAAUGUGAAUCGUUAUCUUGACUGGAUUCAGGACACCAUGAAACUCUGAGAAAGAAAAAUGAACCAUUUGCAAUCCUGUGACCAUGCACUCACAGCUUCCUUCUGGGUGCUUUAAGCAGGCUGACAGGGCUUCCUGUUUGUCCAGAUGCUUAUAACUUCUAGUACAACAGGAAAGCAAACUGCAAUGUAUGGGAAGGGCAUGUUCUCAAAAUACUCUUUCCUUAUUAUAGGUUAUUAGAAGCUAAUCAAACUUUUCCCAACCAUCACCAAACUUUCACCUUGCAUCAAAUCACAUAAGUGCAAUAAAAAAAAAUAAUUCUGGCCGAGUGAAUAAACCAAGAGACAACAUCUGGGCACCAUGCAUCUCUUUAGCAGCUGCACUGUUUUAGGAAUGGGUGUGAACUGAAGGGGACAUUUAAUUUCCUGAAAACUUCACCUCCCUCCUUACUUUGCUGUACAAUUGGAAUACCUUAAGCUCUGUCCUUAUACCAUGUCACCUUGGUAA